UCGAAAUGGAUGAUGAUGUCCGUCUGUUUGGGUUUGAUUUGUGUGCUCCUGGUAGCCCUUGCUGGCUUCCUGGCUAAAUACCGAAAGCAAUCUACACUACCCGGACCGAGAGGAAUUCCAUUUUUUGGUAAUGUCUGGAAUCAUAUCUUCAGAACGGCUCCCAAAGAAAUCUUACCCAAAUUAAAGCGUUUUAUUAACAAGUACGGAAGUAUAUUUGAAUUGAGAAUGUUUGGUAUACACUACGUAUUCGUGUCAGAACCAGAACUUGUCAAGGCACUACUGAGUAGCUCUACGAACGUUACAAAAGGUCGCUUCGAGUACUCAUUCUUCAGACCGUUGUUCCACGAUGGACUUAUAGUUUCUGAGGGCAAAAAGUGGCGUUCACGCAGGAAAAUAUUAGAACCUAGUUUUCACUUCAAAAUACUGAAAAAAUCUAUAGAAACUGUAAGUCGGAAUGCAGAGGAAUUUGUUUCUCACUUACUCAACUCCGGAGGGGAACCGACUGAAAUCGAAGAUAUGAUUUAUUUGUUAACUCUUAAAAUAAUAUGUGAAACAGCGAUGGGUGUUAAACUGAAUACAAAAGAUGAGCAACAAAAUGACUACAUAAAAGCUUCAAAAAUGAGUCAUGACGGCAUGGUAUAUAGAUUUUUCAAGUUUUGGUUAUAUCCCGAUUUUAUUUAUCGCCAUUGUAAUGCUGGUAAAAUGUUUUUCAAAUGUGUAGAUCUUAUUCACAACUUUACCAAUCAGGUUAUAAGAAACAGAAAAGAAUUAUUCAUUGCUGAAAAAAAUGGAUCUAACUGUAAGGUUUCAACAAAAAAAGAAGGAAAUGCUUUUCUUGAUAAUUUACUCGAGUUGGAAGAUUCUAAUCCUGGUUUAUUCACAGAAUCUGAUAUCUUUGAAGAAGUUAACACUUUUAUGAUUGCGGGUCAUAAUCCGUCUGCAGCAACUCUUAAUUUUUUGCACUUUUUACUGGCCAACCAUCCGGAUGUUCAGGAAAAGAUAUACAAUGAACAGAUGGAAAUAUUAGGGGAUGAGAAAAAAAUUCCAACGGCCCAAGAUCUUCAAAAAAUGAUUUACCUCGAGAUGGUGAUCAAGGAAACAUUGAGAUUAUAUCCUACUAUACCAUUUCAGAGUAGAUUAAUAGUUGAAGAUCUACAAAUCGGUAAAAAUAAAAAAAAAACUUCUAAAAUAAUUAAAUAAAUAAAUUAAAAUUUACUUUGUUUUUAAUUUUUGCAGAUGAAAAAAUUAUCAUUCCAGCAGGUCAUAAUCUUGUAGUGCCAAUUUAUUUUGUUCAUCGAUCCAAAAAACAUUGGGAUAAUCCAGAGGAGUUUAUUCCUGAAAGAUUUACUCCGGGAAAUGAAAUACAUCCAUUUUCAUUUUUACCGUUUUCAGCUGGACCGAGAAGUUGCAUAGGCCAGAAGUAUGCAAUGAUGGAAUUAAAGACAAUCAUGUCAACAGUUUUGCGGAAGUGCUGGCUAGAGCCAGUCACUACUUCAGUUACUCCAGACUAUGGCAUUAUAUUAAAACCAGCUGAAUCAAUAAUUGUGAAAGCCUUUCCAAGGAAUGGAAAUCAAUGAAUAAUCUCUAAGAUGAAUAAUUAAGAAUUUAGAUGUAAAAAAAAACAUUAUAGCUAUUAACUCAUGGUGAAGAUUUGCGUAGACAUUUAGUUUCUUCAGGAUAAUGUUCGAGGAUAUUUUAUAUGCUUCCUCCAAGAGGGAUAUUCCUCUGUUAUUUCUGCAUUGCACUUUAUCUCCUUUUAUAAGAAUCGGACAAAUCAAACUAGUCCCCCACUCUUUAGGCAUGCUUUCAUUCGUCCAUAUGUCCAAGACCAAAUUAUAUAGAUGAGUGAGUAUAUUCUCGCUACUACUUUUAUAGAAUUCGGCUAUUAGUAAAUCAUUGCCUGAUGCUAUAUUAUUUUUUAGCUUAUAUCACUCCUGCAAAACAGGUAAGCUAUUCUGUCAUGUUAGAACAGGAUAGCAAAGAUACGUUUUGAUGUUCGGAAAAAGAAGCAUUAGUUAGACUCUCUGUACCAAUUAGGACCACUAACAUAAAAACACCUACCAUUUCUUCCAAAACCUAAAGCUACGGGAUGUGUUAAAACAAUAUUUUUAUCUAAAUAUCGUUUAUAAACUCGAACAAUGACAAAUUGAUUCAAUACACUUUAUUAUUGUAAUUGUUUGGUCAUCAUUCUGUCAAUCAACCUUACCUUCCUUUGAAAUCACUGGAACAAUAUUACUUUUAUGAUAUUGUGGCAGGUCAAAUGAUUCUAUGUAGUGCAGGUUUAAUGCAGAUAUGAGUAUGUCUAUCAUAUAACCCUGGGUCAAAAAUUAAGGAAAUACUAUAUUUUCAAAAACAAUUUUGGGUUGUUCAUUCCUUAAUCUAAGUGAAUAAUAAUGUCAUCAAUAAAUUUCUUUAAACUCUAAAAUAUAUAGUAGGUUUAUAGCAAAAAGCCAUCAAAUGACAUGUCAUAAGUUCAAAUAAUUAAAAACUUUGAUAAAUUUUUCUGUCCUGAAAUCAGAAAAUUGAGCACUUAUGUAUGUGAUAAAUAAAAUGGUGUGUUUGAUCUUCAUGCACUUACGACAUUGUUUGUAUAAAUAAAUAAGGUCGAAAUUCGUGAAAACAUAUUUGAAAAUUAAUAUAUAUCAAAAAUUCACUUUUUCCAAUAAACCAGCGAUAUAUGUUUUAGAUGAAACCAUACAUAAUUUAUAUCAUAUACACUAUUAUUUAUUAAUGUACUCACUUAAAUAUUUUCUGUUUUUGUUGUAACAAAAAUACAAUGAAAUAGUUAUUAGGGUUAUCAAUUAGUUUGCUUACGAUUUGAUGAUUCAUUAGUACAAAAAUCCAUUUUUAAAUAUUAAGAUUUUUUAAGCCUAUUAACUAUUAACACAUUUCAGGUAUUUUAACAAUGUAAUGUCUGCUUCAGUCUUUAAUAUUGGAUGAAUAAAAUUCUUUCAUCACUUUGGACUCUUGUUUAAUGAAAACUAGAAAACAAACAUUUACAAGUUAUUAUUCAAGUAUAGUUUUCUUUUUAUUUAUUCUCAAAAUUAUCAGUUCAAACUGAAAGAAUUUAAAUGAACAAGUGAUGAUAUUUUGAUUGAGGUGGAUAAAUUUAAAUUUAUGGAUAAAUGUAUGAUUAGGAUUUUUAAGGUAUGUUUUACAAAUAUAAUUAUUCCUUUUAGUUUCAGAAGUACAGUGUGAUUCAUAAAAAAAAAAAAAAAAUCUGUUUCUUUGUGUCUAAUGUGGUUCUUAAUAUAUUGUUUCUAAUGGUUGUAUAAUGAAAUGUAUUACUUCAUUGCAAUAUACAUUUAGCCCAAUAGAAACAAAAAAUAGAAAAAAAAAAUUGGUUUGAAACACAUUAAUUGAAAUUUUCUAAAUCCCACUUUACACUAUAUCCACAUGUACCUUGAUAUUGCUGUGAUUUAUUGCAAAAAUACAUUAAGUAACAUUUUAUAAUAUUAAAUAAUUUGAUGAAUUUUCACUGUGUGAUAUCAAAACAUUUUACACUUAAUGUAAAUAUAUUUGCUAUAUAAUAGGGAUUGUGUCAUUUCGAUACAUUUAGUGAAUUUUAGUAUCAACAAAUUAGAUUGAAAUUUACAGAAGUGGACCUAAUAAUACCCCAUUAAAAAUGUGUUUGGUGACAUGUUGCAAUAAACCAACCAUAUGACAUACAGUUACAGUUUUUAAUAAAAUUCAUUUAUAUCUUUUUAAGGUAUAUAGAAAACAUUGAUAUUUAUAUAGAUAUCCAAAUUUAUAUAAAUAUCUGCAGAUACUGACUUUACAUAAAAUCAAGCUUUAUUAAGACAGAAUACUAAUAAAAACAAGUUAAACAUAAAUCAAAUUUGUUUUCAUGAAAAAGUGUAACAGUAGAGACUUUCAAUUAA